ACCUUCAUCUUUCAAUCCUCAAGGAUCCAAUAACCCUCUGAUAUACACACUUCAAGAUGUUCAAGCAAUCAUCACCAACAAUUCUCAUUACAAUGCUAAUUGCAACUGUGAACAUGGCAAGAGUCAUUGCUGCAGUUGAUCCUGCAGCAGCCAGCAAAGAAGAACCAGUGCUUGAGUUAUACAUGCAUGACAUUCUUGGAGGUAGUAGCCCAACAGCUAGGCCAAUCACUGGCUUGUUAGGUAACAUCUACGACGGUCAAGUGCCCUUUGCAAAGCAGAUAGGGUUUGACCCUCCACAAGGCGGGGUUGCCAUCCCCAAUGCCAAUGGUGCCAUUCCAACCAUUAACGGUGUCACUGGUCUCCCACUAGGAACUGGCUUAACUGGUACUGCUUUUGCAGGAAAUCCAAAUAAUCAAAACCCACCUCAGAUCCAAUUGGGACCUGAUGGGUUGGGAUUAGGCUUUGGAACGAUCACUGUCAUUGAUGACAUAUUGACCUCCAGUCCGGAUUUGGGGUCACAAACACUGGGAAAAGCUCAAGGAGUUUAUGUGGCAAGCUCUGCAGAUGGGACCACCCAGAUGAUGGCGUUUACGGCUAUGAUGGAAGGAGGGGAAUAUAAUGACAGCCUAAACUUCUAUGGAGUAUACAAAAUUGGGAGUACUGUUUCAUAUUUGUCAGUGACAGGAGGGACAGGCAAGUUUAAGAAUGCUUAUGGGAUUGCGGAAGUACGAUCACUGAUCCCUCCAGGUCAACAUGUCACAGAUGGUGCAGAGGAAUUGUUGAGGAUCACCGUCCAUCUAAAAUAUUAAGAAUGUAUAAGAAAACUGAGAAUGUAUGAUAAAAACGAGUGCUGCUUUGUUUGUGUGGAGAUGGUUAGUAUCUAUUAAUGUAACUGCUGUAAGUCAAGAUAAUUGAAAAUUUUAUCUCUCUUAGUUGUAAUCCUGUCAUGACUUCUGAAGUUUUCUGCUUAUGGUGAUGGCAUAUGAAAGAUGAUGUCUUGGUACUUGAUUACCCUACUAGGGGUACAAUUGUAAUAGAAUCUUGAUUAUCCCAUAUAUGCAAGAUGUAGUAUUGCCACUCACAUCAAUAAAAAGGUUUG